UAUUUUUUUCAUUAUCUGAUUCUGCACAUACAAAACAAUCUAUUCACCAUAAAAAUCCAACUACUAAAAAAAGUACAAAAAAUAAACAAAGAACAGGAAAAUCUAAACAAAGAUCAAGAACAUCUGAAAAUGAAGAUCCGGAACUAUAUAUACCACCAGAAAUGAUUUUAGAUACGCUUGUUACUUGGAAUUCAAAGAAAAAAAAAUAUGUACCAAUCUUAAAUAAAAAUG